AUUUCAGGACUUAUUUAUUUAUUGUACAUUUUUACGGACAUUCGUUUCACUUAAAAAGGGCUUGUGGGUUUAGCCAGCAGAUAGUUGGCCUAUACUGAUAUAUCACAAAAAUAUAAUUAUGCUAUUUUGGAUUGGGGUACCUAAAGUCCCGAUGCCUAAAUAAUUCGCAAGUUGUUGAAUAUACGUAUAAGUUAAUUUAAAAGAUAUCUAUAUGCAUGGAAUGUUUGUUUCGUCUGAAUAACUAAUUAAAUAGGCGUACGAUAAAUGACACCGCCAAGAAAAAUAACAAGGCUUACUUCAGCCAAGUAAACAAGUAAAAAAACAAAAAGUGCAUAACGAAACUGAAAGUGUUCAAGGGCGUACGCAAUUUUACAGGCGGAGGGGAACGAAGAGGGACUAAAAGAAGGAAUAAAACCGAAUAAAAGAACGGAGUCAGCUAGUUUGGAUUGAAACCCACUUGUGGUCAAAACUGGUCUCAAGUGUUCCAGUCUCCUGGAGGUAGGGGGUGCUGUUUCUAAAAUGAGUCUCUCAGGGGAGCCAGAGGCCAAAAGAAGAACCCUCAGCACUGAGAGAAACAGGGUCCAGGUAGAAAGAGAUGGGUCACCUGUACCUAGCUGUCUUUCGAUGAAGAGAGAUCAUUCAUUUGAACGUCGAAUCAACUUUAGAGGAGGGUUUACAGGUGAUCAAAGGGUGCACGUAGAAAGAGCAGGGUCACCUGGACCCAGCUGUCUGUCUAUGAAGAGUGAUCAUUCAAUGGAUCUUCCAGUCAAGUUCAGGGGAGAGUUCACAGGUGAUCAAAGGGUGCACGUAGAAAGAGCAGGGUCACCUGGACCCAGGUAUCUGUCUAUGAAGAGUGAUCAUUCAAUGGAUCUUCCAGUCAAGUUGAGGGGAGAGUUCACAGGUGAUCAAAGGGUGCACCCAAAAAGAGCAGGGUCACCUGUACCCAGCUGUCUGUCUGUGAAGAGUGAUCAUUCAAUGGAUCUUCCAGUCAAGUUGAGGGGAGAGUUCACAGGUGAUCAGAGGGUGCACCCAAAAAGAGCAGGGUCACCUGUACCCAGCUGUCUGUCUGUGAAGAGUGAUCAUUCAAUGGAUCUUCCAGUCAAGUUGAGGGGAGAGUUCACAGGUGAUCAAAGGGCACACCAGUCACUGGAGUCCUGGUGUUUAGAACAGAUGUGUUCAAAAAAAGUAUCUUCCCCAAAACAGUCUCUACGGCGCACUCUGAUGAAGCUGAAGAAGGAUGAGUUGAAACUGUUUCAGAGCCAUCACAAUGAGAGAGCCCUGCAGGCACUGAAAACUGCUCUGAAGAAGAAGUUUGAAUGCAUAUUUGAAGGUUCAGCAAAGCAGGGCCACCCAGCCCUCCUCAAUGAGAUCUAUACAGAGCUCUACAUCACAGAGGGGGGAAGUGAGGAGGUCAAUAAUGAACAUGAGAUCAGACAGAUUGAGACAGCAUCCAAGAGACAAACCACACAGGAGACUGCAAUCCUCUGCAAUGACAUCUUUAAGCCUUUACCUGGACAAGAGAAACCCAUCAGAACAAUGCUUACAAAGGGCAUCGCUGGCAUUGGGAAAACAGUCUCUGUGCAGAAGUUCAUACUGGACUGGGCAGAAGGAAAAGCCAAUCAGGACAUUGAUUUUGUCUUCACUCUUCCUUUCCGAGAUCUGAAUUUGAAGAAGGAUAAAGCAUUCAGUCUGAUGCAACUUCUGCAGCACUACUUUCCACAAUUGAAAGAGAUCAAAAGUAUUGAAGGUGUUGAAGUCAAAGUUUUGUUUAUCUUUGAUGGUCUGGAUGAGUGUAGACUUCCUCUAGAUUUCCAAAGCAAUAAGAUCUGCUGUGAUAUAACAGAGUCAUCAUCAGUGGAUGUGCUGCUGACCAACCUCAUUAAGGGGAAUCUGCUUCCCUCUGCUCUCAUCUGGAUCACCUCCCGACCAGCAGCAGCCAAUCAGAUCCCUUCUGAGUGCGUCCACCAGGUGACAGAGGUACGAGGGUUCAAUGACCCACAGAAGGAGGAGUACUUCAAGAAGAGAAUCAGAGACCAGGACCAGGCCAGCAAAAUUAUCUCACACAUAAAGUCAUCCAGGAGUCUCUACAUCAUGUGUCACAUACCAGUCUUCUGCUGGAUUUCUGCUACUGUUCUGGAGACAAUGUUGGGCAAAGUAGAGAGUGAAGGUCUGCCCAAAACUCUGACUGAAAUGUACACACACUUCCUGCUCAUUCAGACUAAUGUGAAGAAUGAGAAGUAUCGUGGCACCAAUGAGACAAAACCAAAGAUGUCAGAUAGAGAAAUCAUCUUGAAACUGGGGAAGCUGGCAUUUCUACAGCUGGAAAAGGGAAAUCUGAUAUUCUAUGAAGAGGACCUGAGAGAGAGUGGCAUUGAUGUCAGUGAAGCUUCAGUGUACUCUGGGGUGUGCACAGAGAUCUUUAAAGAGGAGUGUGGGUUGAAUCAGGAGAAGGUCUACUGCUUUGUGCAUCUGAGCAUUCAAGAGUAUCUGGCUGCCUUGUUUGUGUUUCUUUCAUGUGUAAAUGAGAACAGAAAUGUACUCAGAGGAGUUGAGUCACCACAUUGGGCAUGCAGCAAGCUGCUGACUGAGUUAAACAGCAGUGCAAUGGAUCAGGCCUUAAAGAGUAAGAAUGGACACCUGGACCUUUUCCUCCGAUUCCUUCUCGGCCUCUCUCUGGACUCCGUUCAGAUUCUCUUAGGAGGACUACUGACACAGAAAGCAAGCAGACUAGCUAUAACAUACCUACGGACACGGCCAGAAAGCAGAUCACGGAUGAUUUCUGAAACCGUAUCUCACAUAAAGAAGAAGAUCAGUGCGGAAUCUUCACCAGAGAGGACCAUCAAUCUGUUCCACUGUCUCAAUGAACUGAAGGACAACUCUCUAGUGGAGGAAAUCCAGAAUACCCUGAGAUCAGGAAAACUUUCAGAUAUAAAGGUGGACCUAGGCCAGUGUUCAGCUCUGGCCUUUGUGUUACUGAUGUCAGAGGAGAUCCUGGAUGAGUUUGACUUGAAGACCUACAACAUUAACUUGAAGAACUACAGCUCAUCAGCACCAGGUUAUUGGAGACUGGUACCAGUAGUCAGGAACUGCAGGAAGGCCAUACUGAGCAGCUGUGACCUCACAGAGCAGUCUUGUGAAAUUGUGGCCUCAGCUCUCCAGUCAUCAAACGCACCCCUGAGAGAUCUGGACCUCAGCUACAAUAACCUGGGAGAUUCAGGAGUGGAGCUGCUCUCUGCUGGACUGAAGAGUCCAAACUGUAAACUACAGAGACUGAACCUCGGCUACAAUAACCUGGGAGAUUCAGGAGUCAAGCUACUCUGUGCUGGACUGAUGAAACCAAACUGUAAACUACAGAGACUGGACCUCAGCUACAAUAACCUGGGAGAUUCAGGAGUGGAGCUGCUCUCUGCUGGACUGAAGAGUCCAAACUGUAAACUACAGAGACUGGACCUCGGCUACAAUAACCUGGGAGAUUCAGGAGUCAAGCUGCUCUGUGCUGGACUGAUGAAUCCAAACUGUAAACUACUGGGGUGAGUAGUGCUGUGUACUGUGUGACCUUAACUAAAAAGAAUUAGGCUAGUGCUUGUAGCUCAUUGAAAUGUUCAAAGAUCUUUCUCUCUCAAUUAAUCUUCCUGGUCAGUGUAUAAUUUAUGAUUAGAAAACGAUACAAUGAAAUGAGUGCUCUGUACCCCUUUUUAUAUUAUAGUAUAAAUAAUGCUAAACUAAUGCUAAGUUUGAUUUGAGAGAGAUGCAUUUUAUAUUGAAUGAAAUGUUUGUGUUUAAUUUUCUGUAACUAAUCCUGUCCAGUAUAUGAAGGUCAGUGAUGCUCUCUGAGCCUGGAUCAGUCAGCACUGGGACCCCUCAGGUUGUGUUAGCCCCCCCGUUUCAUUCACACCAGAUAAAAUGAGUGCACCAGCAGCCAACCUGGGAACUGUGUCAUCAAGCUCUCUUGGCCUAAUGCACAGGGGCAGUAGCCUAGUAGCAUAGCAUUCUGAAAUAGGCAGGUUUGUGCAAUGGUGUGA